CCAAUCAGAGCUGAUCACAUAGCACUGAUGAUCAGUGUGCCCUAAUGAUCUGUGUAGCCCCAGCAGUACCACCUGUCAGUGUCUUCAGUGCCUUGUGUCAAUGCUCAUCAGUGCCUCGUGCCAGUGCCCAUCAGUGCCACAUCAAUGCCACAUAUCAGUGCUACCAGUGCACAUCAAUGCCACAUACCAGUGCCCAUCUGAGCUGCUUUCAGUGCCACCCAUCAAUGCCAAUCAGUGCCACCUAUCAGUGCUGCCAGUCAGUGCCGCCUAUC